AUGCAAGCCGUCGCACAAGCCCUCGUCGAUCGCGGCCACGAAGUUGUUUGGCUGGCGAGCGAAGACAACAAAGCUCGCGUUGAAGCAACAGGAGCAACUUUUGUUGCGACUCGAGCCAUCGCCGCAGUUGAUGCACCACUUGCCAGGGAGAACGCUACGGGAAUUCUCGACCGCCAAUUUAAUCGACAGGGGUCGCGGAUCCUAGCUCAAGUUGCCGACUGUCGAGCCAUUCUGGCCGAGUUCCCCGCCGACGCCUUGCUUGUUGAUGUGUUUCCUUAUGGCGCCCGCGCUCUCGAAGAGCUUGGAGAAAUCCCCAUAUAUGCGACUCUGGGGGUAAUUCCAUUCUACACUUCAGGGCCAGCAGCCCCUAUGCCAGUGUCCGGGGAGUCACCUCCUACUUCGUGGCUGGGUCUGAUUAACAAUGGACUCAGACAACUCGUGUAUCGGUGGAUCCUACUUCCUCUUUUCCUAACUCCCUUGCUCAACAAGCAGAGAAACGAACUUGGAUUAAAGGACCUUCCAUAUGGAGAGCCACCAGAAUGCUUUACGUACAGUCCCUAUCUUCACAUCCAAGCUUCGUGUUCAACUCUCGAAUUUUCUCUGGAUCCCAACUCAGAGCAGCACAAGAACAAGAUAACCUACGUCGGCCCUCUAGUGAGGCCCUCUCCAAGUACAUCAAUUCAGCUGCCCUCUUGGUGGAAUGAUGUGGUGUCACAUUCGCGAGUCGUUGGAAUUACUCAAGGGACGCUCGCCAUGAACCCUACUUCGUUAAUCAUACCAUCAGUUCGGGCACUCAAGGAUAACUCGACACUUCUUCUCGUCGUCGUGUCACCGCACGGUGGAGAGGUGGAGGCACAAGUUGGGCACGCAGACAAUGUUCGUUACGCAGACUGGCUACCCUACCAUCUCCUACUCCCGCAGCUGUGUUUGCUCAUCACCAAUGGCGGCUAUGGAAGUAUAACUCAGGCACUCUCUCAUGGAGUUCCUCUUGUCUGUGCCGGUCAAUCGGAAGAUAAAAAGGAUACAGCCGCUCGAGUAACUUGGUGCGGCGCCGGGAUCGACCUUCGAACUGACAAUCCUACUCCACGCCAAGUCGAAGCAGCUGCCAAAAAGAUCCUUCUAGAUGGGAGCUAUUCAGAGAGAGCAAAACUCUUGGGCAACGAGCUCAACGAAUUAGGGGGCGCACAAAAAGCUGCAGAGUCGCUUGAAGAGCUGGCCAAGAGCACCAUGACUGAAAGCGAGGACUCUAUGGAUUCUAUGAAUGAAUGA